GGUCCUCAGGCGUGAGAACGAGGACAGGCUCCAGUGACACAGGGAACCGGCACAGCUCGAGUGGGACAGCCCCCAGGGAGACGCGGCAGCCGCCCUGUGCCAUCAGGGGAGUCACGCAUGGGGCCACCGCCACCUCCAGCAACUGGUCCCCACCAAAGAAGCCACCUCAUCACCUCGUCACCCAACAGGGAAGCCCCCCCACUUCAGUGUCCCCAGUGGUGGCUCGGCACCUCCAAGGAGCAUUUCAGACCCUCACUCCCCAUCUGAAUGCCCAAGGAGCUAUUACUACUGUAAUUAGAAACAUUACAAUCCCUGCAGUGUGAAUGGGAAAGGUCAAAACAAACCCAGAGGAUCCCCAAGGAAGCAGAGACGGUGCAAGGUGGGGAGUAAAACUUCCCAGACCCUCCAACUGUUAUUCUGAGAGGCACAGAAGAAGAUGCGGCUUCUCUGCCUCUUUGAAACAAGAAAAACAUGCUGCGAGAGAAGACCAGAGGACAACGAAGAGCACUGGCAACGAAACACGUGGCGGCCAGCACAAAAUGUUAAUAGCAGCGUGGGAAGACGAGGAAACCUCCCAGAAAGCAGAAGGAAAGGCACAGAGAUGGAAAUGGGAGAGAGGAGGAGAGAGAACAAGACUCAGGCUCAGAGGACGGACAAGGGGCAGAGCUCCCCGACGGAAGACCAGAGAACGUGGAGGAGAGAAAAUAACAAGAAAUCACAUCGAGAACAUCCCAGAAGCCAAUGGAAAGGAGAUGCAGCAGUGGGCCCUGCCCUGGCAGGAGACGUGGGACACCCCGGCCGAGAGGACCCCGCAGGCAGAGAGACCUGGGCACCUCCCUAGGCCACCUGCAGGUGCUGUGGCUGGCUCGCUGUGGCUUGACCGACCUGGAUGGCAUCGGCUCCUUCCCGGCCCUCAAGGAACUCUAUAUCUCCUACAACAACAUCUCGGACCUGAGCCCACUGUGCCUGCUCGAGCAGCUGGAGGUGCUAGACCUGGAGGGCAACAGCGUGGAGGACCUGGGGCAGGUGCGGUACCUGCAGCUGUGUCCGCAGCUGGCCACACUCACCCUGGAGGGCAACCUGGUGUGCCUGCAGCCAAGCUCUGGCCCCUCCAACAAGGUGCCCCCAGGCUACAACUACCGAGUGGAGGUGAGGAAGCUCAUCCCCCAGCUGCAGGUCCUGGAUGAGGCUCCAGCCACGCACACAGGCCUGCCGGCCUCAUGGACGCUGGACCGGGACUGGCACAUGGUGAAGGAGGCCAUCAAGGAGGGUGGUGUCCUGGACGGCCUGCUCCCCAGGCUGGAUCAUCCCCAUGGAGCCCCCAUUCGGAGACUCAGCCCCGAGCUGUCCUUGUCCGAGACCCAGCCCCAGGCCCCUAGGUUCUGGCCCCUGUCCCCGCUGGUCCCUGGGGGACCGCUGUCUGAAGGCCUGCUUCCCAAGGACCCAGCCCCAGAAGGCGACGCCAGCAACCUCACCCACGGCGCUGGCCGAGUCCUCUGCGGGAACCCUACCAAAGGCCUGAGGGAACGUCGGCACCAGAGCCAGGCCUGGGCACCCCCAGAGCAGCUGCCCCCACGCAGGCCAGAAGACCUGGCGGCCAGUGCCUCUACUCCAGAGCCUGACCCUUUGGAUGACCAUGACCUCCUGUCUUGGGCUGGGCUUCGGGCCUGGAGGGAGCUGAGCCUGAGGUGCCUGGAGUCCCAGCAGGAAGGGGCCACAACCCCCCAGUGCCCACGGAGAGGCCCUGAAGAGCAAAGGGACCAGGCUGGGCCCAAGACGUCCCCCAGCCCCCUGAGCCCCACCCCAGAGCCUUCCAGGCCCUCGGGCUGGAACCUGAUCCCCUCUCCCCCCAAGGUCCCCAUGCCACCUGAUUCAGGCAGCACCUCCUGGGGGUCCGCAGACCUGCGGUUCCGGCGGCGGCGGCUCAGAGCCCUAGGCAGCGUGGGGCCUGGCCUGGGUCAGGGGCUGGCUGCAGUCACCACUCUGAGAGCCCUAGAGAUGGCCUCAGGCUCGAGCCCUCAAGCCCAAGGAUGUCUAGGCCCAAAGCCAGUACCAGAUCCAGCAGCCAGACCUCCAGGCCUCCGGUGCAUGCCACACCUGAACCCCAUCACCCCAGCCCAAUCCCACCUGUAAUGUAAACCCCCCUCCACUGCCAAGCUGGUCUGGACUUCGGCUGAGGGACCUCACUGUGGUCGUGUGAGCACCAUGUGAACUCUGGCCUCAUAGAACCCAGAGCAUCUGGGCGGGUAUAUUAUGCAGUGCGAAGCGGGCCUGGCACAGGAGAGGCCCCUCUUGGUGAAGAGGAGUAGGGUUUGGGACCACCAGGGGUGAGCACAGGCCAGAGCCCAGGAUAGGAUGGCCAGCUUCCCACUGCUGGCCCAGCUGCCCACUCCUGCCAUGGGGCCUGGCUUCCCCAGGGUUGGUCAGAGGGGCUGGGCUGGAAGAUCCCUGGUUGGGCCCAACCCGGUGGCUGGAGCUGGGCCCCGUCCACUCCCUGGGAGGCACUCCAGCUGCCCCAGGGCUCUGAGCCCACCCUGGGCUGCUGUGGUCCCAGGUGGAGGCACUGGCCCUAGACCAGCCACGGUGUGGCCAGGACUUCCACCCCUGGUGGACCUGUGGGGUUCUCUCUCGGGGCAGGAUAUCCAGACACAGAAACCAAGCAAAUCAUUUUCGACUCUCAGGUGUACAGAAUGCGGUUUACUUUGUAGGUGAAGUUGGUUGAAUAAAUUAUGCAGCUGGCACUGCCUGCCUCCCACGACUUCCUCCCCGCUCUUCCGUCAUCCCCGGGCGUCCCCCACCCCGGGCUGUCCCCUCCGUCCCUUGGUGUCCCGCAUCCCUCGCUGUCCCCUCUGUCCCAACCGCCCCACAUCCCGCGCUCUCCGCCAGCGCAGUCACGGAGACGGCCAGGC